CUUGCCCCCUUCCUUUUUGUGGCUGUUCAUUUCCUCUUCAAAUGCAUCGCCCACUAUCUCGUGGCACACCACCAACCCCUAAAACCCCAAUUCCAUUUGUAUGAUAUAACCCAAAACCCCUUGCACAUCCACCAGCCACAUCAAACAAACAAACAAACAAAAACAAUUCGACCUUUGAUCACUCCGGUGAUGCUUGGAGUACUUUGCGCACGCCCCCCUAAGCCUUGGAACAUUUCGCCUCAAACCUUCUCCCUCCACCACCAUCACCACCAUCAGCCUUGGGCGUCGGUCCGAGACGAGUUUAGGAAGACACAACAAAUCAGCAGUGUAGAUGGAGGCGCUGCUGCGUCCAUUUGGCGGGUAAUUAUUCCUGCUACUGCUGGCGGAGGUGAUUGGCGGAGGGAUUACCUUCGCCCUGCAAUCCACCAGCAAAAGGGCGAGGGUUCCUGGAAUGUUGCUUGCGAUGCUAGGCCUGCUCGUUGGCUUCACCGUCUCGACCUCGCUUAUCUCCUUUUUGGUGUUUGUGUCUGCCUUGCCCCUGUCGAUUGGAAUGACGUCGUUGUUGCCGAGGAAGAGAAGAUAGUUGCCGAAUCUCUCGCUGGUGAUCAACAGGACUCUAGAUGCUCCUCCAAUUAUAGGGUUACUGGAGUUUUGGCGGAUGGCCGAUGUUUGUUUAGAGCCAUAGCUCAUGGGGCUUGUUUGCAAACUGGAGAGGAAGCACCCAACGAAAACCGUCAGAGAGAGCUUGCUGAUGAUUUGAGGGCUCAGGUGGUGGAAGAGCUCUUGAAUAGACGCAAAGAAAUAGAAGGGUUCAUUGAGGAAGACUUUGAUUCAUAUGUGAAGAGGAUACAACAACCUUAUGUUUGGGGAGGAGAACCAGAACUACGGAUGGCUUCUCAUGUCCUCAAGAAGUUGAUAUCCGUAUUUAUGAAGGAUCAAAUUUCAGACAGUUUGACAAACAUAGCAAAUUAUGGGGAAGAAUAUAAGAAUAAGGAGUGCCCAAUAAAUGUUUUGUUUCAUGGGUAUGGUCACUAUGAGCUCUUGGAGACUUCUUAAACCAUAUUUUUUCAGAACAUAAUAAACCACGAAUAAGGAAUAUUGUUGAAAUAAUCAUGAUAAGCAACAUCAUUGUUUUUAGUUUUUAUUCAACCCCUUUUGAGCAUUACUUCCUUUUUAUGUUUUUAGGGAAAUUGAAAGUCUAAGUUUGGUUAAUUGUGAUAGAUUCACCAUUUAUGUCUUUGCUUGGCAUAGUUUUUGCUUAUAUACAUGUAUUUUUUUAUUA